UAGAAAGAAAAAAAACAUAAACAACGCGGACAAAUGAUUUGUUAAUGCAUUAGCUUUUUUUUUUAAAUUAAGCGAAAUUAAAUUCAUUUAACAAGUGAGCAAUGAACAUUGUCCUUUCCUGAGCUGAACACAAUCCCUCCCAUUCGCCAGACAGCAGAAACAAACAAGACAUUCGCCAGCAACGGUUUGACGGUUGCUACGGAGACGAACUUCGCAUUUAGCAGUCCUUGGACGGUGGCUUCCAAUCAACAAGCAAAUUUGUGUAGUUAACAACAGGCGCGUAUUACGAAGCACAGGGAAAUCCAUCCUUGCGUUACAGUUAGUCGACUGGCAACCAACCGGGCGCAUGGUGGUGGGCUUUUUUAGUGACACAGAGUUUGCUAAAGACAUUUGCCUGUUUAAAAAACAAAUUGACUGAAAACUGGACAUCAGAAUGAUGUCCAAAGAGGACGAAGAAGCUUUCGAGGCAGGAUUAAGCAAGGUGGAUGAAGUGAUGCGAAUUCUCAGCCUAAUGACCAGUGGCGACAAAGCCAAGGAGCAGAUGGGUGUCGCGUUCGCCGACCAAUUUCUUGGCUCAGACAAUGCCACGAAGCGAAAGGAAGAAACGAAUGUGGAAAACUUUAUCGUCCGCGUCAAUCAGGAACGGACGGUUAUCAACACAGCCGACGAGCCGCCGCUCGAGCAACCGAUGCAGGACAAAUAUGCUUUUAUGGCUGAAAUUGAACGAGAUGCAGCCAGGCGGGCGGCAGAACGCCGCGAGCGGGAACAAGUUGCCCAAGGAUUACGGCGUGCCGGUAACCGAGCCUUUCGACGUGGCGAGUACGAACAAGCGAUCAACAUGUACUCGAAGGCAAUCGAUCAAAUCCGCGACAGCCCAAUACUGUACAACAACCGUGCGCUGGCCUACAUCCGGAUCGAGCUGUACAAACGUGCGAUCAUCGAUUGUGACUUCGUACUGAGCAAGCUGGAUGAGAAAAACCUACGUUCGUGGAUUUUCCGAGCCCAAGGUUAUUACAGACUGGGGGAGAUGAAAGCGUACGAGAAAAGUGUGGCCGAAGCGCGGAAGCACAAUCCCCGUGAACUACCGUAUAUCGAUCGGAUUGUGCGUGAAAUCGAGGGCAGAUCAGCGACGACGGAAGUAGUGAGCGAUCAUCAAACUGGAGCAACUGGUGCGGGGCAAUCAGAAGAAUCUGUGGCCCAAGCGACCGGUGCGAUAGCUCAGGAUCGAUUUGCCACGAAACCUUUGCCCAUGGACGACGUACAAUCUUCUUCAUCCGGAGAACUUUCGGAAGGUUAGAUGGAAAAAACCAUCGUUUCCCCCCGCCGGAAGGUCCCGGACACCACAUAUUUGCUCUAUAAUAAAACAUCACAUUGUGGAAACUUCCAGUUGAACAAA